AUGGAUGUCAUGUCGCUGCUGGACCUGCCGUCGUCAGCACUCGUGGCAGUCCUCGGUCAUGCGUGCCCGCGCUCCGCCCUCGCGCUGCGGCUGGCGUGCCGCCAGCUCCGCGCCGUGGUCGACGCCGCAUUGCAGCGCCGCGUCUGCGUCGGCGGCCUGCCUGGCAAUCUGCGGGCCGACGUGGUCGCGCCGCGCUUCCCGCGGGCCCAAGAGGUUGUGCUCUGCGGCCUCGCCGCCGCGGACCUGCCCGGCAGCUGCGCAGAGGGCGGCCCCGCGGGCGGCGCGCCGCAGGAGCCGCUGCAGCGGAUCUUAUCUGAGCUCGCCCUGCUGGAUGACGGCGCCUGGGGCGGCAUCGCCCGCAUCGCCGGCUGCCCGCCCAGCGCGCCGCUGCUGCGCCUGCUUGCUGCCGCCGCGCCGCGGCUGGAGGCGCUGCAGGUCAGCGGCGCCGGCGGGCUCGCCAGCAGCGGCGGCCGCGGCGCCGGCCCGGGCGCGGCCGCCUGCGAAGCCGCGCUGCAGGCACUGCUGCCCCUGGCGCCCACUCUGACGGAGCUGACCUGGCACGGCUUCGCGUGCGGCGCGCCCGCCCGCGGCGGCGGCGCGACGGCUGCCCUGGCCGCGCUCACCUCGCUGCGGCGCCUGCGGCUGCGCACGGCACCGGACGCUGGCAGGGCGGCGCGGGCACUGGAGGCAGCACUGGGCCGCCUCACCGCGCUGACGCACCUGUCACUGGAGGUCGGGCACGAGUCUCUAGAGCAGGACGACUGGGGCCGCCUGUG